AUGGCUGUGCAGGUAACCGGACCGGACCGGCGGAGUCUCGCUUACCUGUCCGUGCUGAGGGGCCGGGAAAGUGGGUAUGUGGCUCUGGAGGCCGAGGGUUCUGCGGGUGUGAGAGGGGUUCUGCUCAGCGCAGAGGUGGAGGCACCGGAGGAGUGGCACUGCAUCAGACUGGUCUACCAGAUCAGUUCCUCUGGCUCCCUGCAGGUGGCGCUGCGCUCCGAGGGAGAGAGCUUCGACCGGCCACUCUGGACAUCCCAGCAGCCAUCACACAGCUGGAGUAGGGUCAACAUAGACAUCCACAACUCAACACAGACCUACAGGGUGGUCCUGGAAGGUCUCACAGGCGGAGAGGCAGCAAGUGCUGUGUCAAUCGCUGACAUACAGGUCACAAGCGGAUACUGCAUAGAGUGUGACUUUGAGAAAAACCAUCUGUGUGGAUACAAGAACCAGUGGAACAGCAAGGUGAAAUGGUUUGUUGGAGGCGGAUCUUUGGAGACCACACCCACGCAGCCAAACACUACAGGCCGGUACAUGUAUGUUGACUCUGCCUACACCCAGACGUUCCAGGAAGUGGCCCAGCUUGUGUCGCCCCUGACAACCGAGCCCCUGUCGGGCUGCCUGAGCUUCUCGUACCAGCAGCAGCAGGCCGAGGGCCACUGGUUGUCCUUCCACACGCGCGACCAGGCUGGCCAGUACCAGGAGCUGUGGAGGGCUCCAGAGCCGGCCGACCAGCAGCAGCAGCAGCUUACUCAGGUGUGGAUACCUGUGCAGGUGGACAUGAAGGCACCCAACCCUGUCCAGCUGGUGUUUGAGGUGGCGUAUAACGGUCCUGCAGGAGGUCGGGUGCUGCUGGAUGACGUCUCCUUCUCACCUGAGUUCUGUGACGCAGGGACAGAGCCCAUGUUUGACACGUCUGUUGCCAACUGUGAUUUUGAGAUUGGCUUCUGUCAGUACAGACAAACUGUAAGAGGGUGGAAGAGGGUCUUAAUGCAGCCAAACAUUUACCAAACGGGAGACCACACCACUGGCACAGGGGCAUUCCUGCUGACGGCGCCACGCUUUGCGGACCAGUCCUCCUACGUCAGCCAGCUGGUGGGCCCGGUCCUGCCCGGGGGGCUGAAGUUCUGCCUGCGGUUCUUCUCCUCUCUCCGGGGCUUUGGCUCAGCGGCGCCCCCUCUGGCAGUCUACCUGCAGCACAUGCACAGUGGAGCCCUGCAGGAAGUGUGGCGUCAGUCAGACAACACCAGAGACGUGUGGACCGCCCAUGAGAUCACACUACACACACAGCACAGUACACAGGUGGUGUUUGUUAGUACUUGUAAGAGCUUCUGGAACUGCUCAUCAGUUGGCCUUGAUGACAUCAGCAUGAGUCUGGGGGACUGUGCGUCACCCUCAGGCUCUCCUGGCCCUUUCCUCUGUGACUUUGAGGCGGGGAUGUGUGGCUACUCCCAGGACCAAAAGGACUCUGCUGAUUGGCUGAGGAACCGAGGGCCCACGCCCACCGCUUUCACUGGGCCCACAAGAGACCACACUUCUGGGAGAGGACACUACCUCCACAUCGAGGCCUCUUUAAUGCUGACAGGGCAGCAGGCACGGCUGGUUUCAGGGAUGCUGCGGGGGUCAAGAGGUCGGCAUUGCCUGCGCUUCUUCUACAGCAUGUUCGGCUCGGGUACCGGCGACCUGAGCGUGCUGCUGCGGAAGGCGCUGGAUGGCCGGGAUGUGUUACUAUGGAAACGCUCCGGCGAGCAGGGAAUCUCAUGGCUGAGGGCCACGGUUAACUACCAGUGUGAUGAACAACAUCAGAUUGUCUUUGAGGCCUCCAGAGGCUCCUCUCUACGCAGUGACACUGCCAUUGAUGACAUCAUGUUUGAGAGAGGGCUGUGCCCAGAUGCAGAUGACCAAUUCAAGCCAUCUGGUUUGCCAGGCGAUGAAAAUGGAAACAUCACUUAUUAACAAAAACAAUGUGUGCAAUAUUGUUUAUCAAGAUAAUAUGCAUUUUUUAUAUCAAAAUAUGGUAACACUUUAUUUAGAUAGUCUAUCUACAGAGACUUUACAGUUGGUUUGUUAAAAUUCAAGUUUCAAGUGUGUCUAAUUGUUGAACAUCAUUGACUGAACAUAAUCUGAACAGGAACAUAACAUGAACAUGUUUUCCACAUGUACACAAAACAUUAAACUUUUGAAUUCAGCUUAAAA